AUGCUCGUUGCCGUCUCGAUACUUGCACUGUCACUGUCAUUCCUGGUCUACCAGCGCCCGCCCUCGACAUGGCUUGCCUUCAUUACUCGCUUCACACAGUCUGACGCGUCGUCGAUACCUGAGAAGUCGCAGCAUGGCGAGACAGACGACAAGACCUCGGCUGCGGAGCAACGCAUAGAGCUGCAGACUGCGACAAGGCCUGAAGAUGGAAGAGUGUCUGCAAAGAGUCCAUCUCCCGAGUCGACUCCAAAAGCCGCUCCCAAAUCCGAACAAGAUGCGCCUGCAGUACCCUCCUUCACGCUCAACGAGCACGAGAGCUCCGACGAAGAUGAAGAAGACAACCUCCCACCGCCUUCCUUCCCAGCCAUCAACUCGGCGCAGCGAGCCUCCAAGCCACCUUCUGUAUCCGCCAUGCCUCCACCCAGCGCACCAACCCUCAUGGCCCCGCCACCAAAACCCACAACCUCCCUCAUGCCACCCCCACGAGUCGCUGCCUCAAACCUCCGCGCCCUUCCCAAUACUUCCUCGCAGUCAAUGCGCGUACCCACCACUGGCCCUCUUCCAAACCGCGGACCGCUGCCGAAUCGCGGUCCACCCACUUCAAACGGCAACCUGGGACUUCCUCCCAGCGCAGGUCCUACGCUCAAGACACCAAACGCCCGAGGCAAGGUACUGCUGUCGCCAGGCCACUCCCCGCUCGACUGGGCCUACCUGCAAAAGUCGGGCAAGAACUUGUCGGGCGUUGACUCAAUGAUACGCGUUACGCCCGCUAUGCUGAAAGAGAAGAAUGGGCGCAAGGGCAAACCCGCAUGGUCGAGCUACCAGGGCAAGGUUUACAACAUCUCGCCCUACCUGCCUUUUCACCCUGGUGGAGAGGGCGAGCUGAGGAGAGCGGCCGGCAAAGACGGGACGAAGCUGUUUAUGGAAGUACAUCCGUGGGUCAAUUGGGAGAACAUGAUGGACGUGGCUGGCUGUCUCAAGGGACCUUCCUUACAUGCCGAACUCAUAAACACGAGGCUGGGAGGUAUCCGCCACAGCAUCAUGGUCUUGAAUCUCGAUGACUACUUGCCCAUGUCCCGUGUCCUUCCAAUGGCAGAAUCAUGCCGCGCCUGUGCUUCUAUUGCUUUUCCCAUGCUUGAUCGUCAGAUAUCCGCCUAG